UCCGACUUCUUGCAGAGGAAAGACCGUUCCGACCCGACCGAUCCUCCUCGUUUUCCGACGCUCCAUGAGUCAAUGAGGUGUUAGUGCAAUGCAAAAACCGGCGAUGUUUUUCGCGGUCCGGGCCUGCUUUUUGGCGGCCGUCAUCGCAGGGACGCUGGCCGGCACCAUCGAGGAGAAAAUCCGAAACGAUCCCGAUCUGUCAGAGUUCCUCGCACUCAUGGAAAGGGCAGAAAUUGCAAAUGUCACGCUGCAAUAUAAGCAAGCCACGAUAUUCGCUCCGAUAAACCAGGCAUUCCAGACGUACGGUAAAACCGUAGAGGACCCAAUUUCGCUGGUUCUCUACCACAUGGCAAGCGUCCCCAAAAAAAUCAACCAGCUGGGCUCUUCGUACACUUCCGUCUACUCCGAACUGACCGGGAAUCCACCUUUAUGGAUCACGCAUACCACUGGAAGCUACCAUAACGACAUCUACGUCAACAACGCCCGGCUGUUGGUCAGCCAAUCCGACGUCGUCACGAUCCACAAAGACACAAACUUGCAAAUUCUACACAAGAUCGACGAAGUCCUGGUGCCUACCACGGGGCCUAAGAAUCUGGCGAAGAUAUACAACCCGACGGCGUUCGAAUUCUUGCACUUUUACGAGUCGUUCAUCGUCAACCCACACAGGCUAAGAACUUUCCGCCAGAAAGUCGAGCAAACUAAGAAAGAAGACAUCUUCAAAACAGAAGGAGGACACACAUUUUUCAUUCCUGUUGACGAAGGAUUCGUUAAGAACGAACGUGCCGCCCUGAUAGACGGUAAAAUCAUCGACGGUCACGUCAUCCCAAAGAAGGUACUAUUCACAGCCCCCACCAAAAAAGACGUUCCUUUCGAGACUCUUGCCAACGGUGACAACAACGUCAGAGUCGUCAUUUCAUUCACUCAAGAAAACAGAGGCCCUAACAAUAUAAUAAACUACGUGAAAAGCCACACCCUGCUGAGCGACGGACACCACCAGCAAGGAGUCGUUCUGUCCGAGAUCGUCCAAGCCAACAUACCCGUGAAAAACGGGGUCGUCCACCUCAUCCAGCGACCCCUCAUGGUAGUGGACAACAACGUCCGAGAGCUCCUAGAGGAACAAAUGGAUUAUAUUUGCAACAUUGGCUAUAAAAAGAAGGAAGAAGUUGAAGACCCGUUUCUUCUUGAAAAAGACGGUGGCAUUCUAAGCAGUUUUGUGCGGGCUAUUACUGACGCUGACUACAAAGAGUUCUUCAAUACGCUAGAACGCUCCCAUGACAUUACGUUAUUUGCGCCGUGCGACGCCGCCUGGCGGGAUGACUAUACCCUGAAUAGUAUCAUCAGUAACAAGAACAAAUUCAAGGACAUUCUGAGGAUGCACCUGAUUACCGAUACCCGCUUGUACGUCGACAAGAUUAUCAAUAUUGGCAACAGCAGGGACAAGAGGGUGCACACACAAGACCCCACCACCGACCUCUACUUCAAUGUGGUAACAUCAGGGACUAAUAGGACCGUAACUGUCGAAGGGGGUGGAGUUAAUGCCACCGUAAUUCAGCCAGACUUGGCAGCCACCAACGGUGUUAUUCACAUUAUCGACAGAGUCCUGGGAGUCCCCUACACAACAGUAUACGAUAAAUUGCUCACCGAUUAUUCACUCAACAAAACGUUCCGAUUGGGCAAUCAAGGCGGAUUCAACAACCAACUCACCGACACCACGAAAAAAUUCACCUAUUUCGUGCCUCGGAACGAGGCGUGGGACGAGGCCGGCGUCGACCACCCCUCCGCCGUCAAAAAACUAUUCAUGCCCCAGUACCACUACCACGCUAAUAACAUCCUCGAGCGCCACCUCGUCAUCUCCGACGAACCCUACACCAUGGAACGCAUCAAGCAGCUGACUUCCGAGCGGAACGAGGACAUGUACGGCCCCCGGACCGAGAUCAGCCUGCCAACCGUACGCGGGGAAUUGUCGCUGUAUGUGGAGGAGAGCAACGAUCACACCUACAUUAUCCACUGGAAGGGCGAACGGAUACCAGUUUUCCGGCCAAAUGUCGCUUGCACCAACGGCGUGAUCCACGUCAUAGAUGCACCUUUCUUGCAAGACGGGGAUGUACAGGUUAGCAAGGCCGCCGCUCUGGAUUUCGCGGGUCAUUUGAUGAUGGUGAUGGCUGCCAAAUGGUUACUACUAUAAACGCGUCCUUUAGUCAUAAAACGUGGAAACUUAACGACGAAACCACCGAUUUUGUGAAGGGUUGCAGUAGCAGGGAGUAGUUUUUUUUAAUGUGGAUGAUUUCCAUUUUCUUGUGUUGUUUAUAUUGAAUGCUGCAAUUCUCCACAGCGACGUCAACAAUAUAUCAUGACAUGAACGACACGACUUUGACUACUCAUAAUCAAUUCUUGCACCAAGACUCGAUCCUAAUUUUAUCAAGUUGUAGGUAUUGUUUACGAUUUGUACAUAAGUCAGUUUUUUAUUAGUGAAAUUAUUUUUGCAUUGUAUAUAAGUAGAUUCUAAAUUAGACUAUUUUUAAAGAUUUAUAUCGAUUAAAUUAUUAUGAAUUUGGAUGUGUCACAGGGGGGGCACUAUCAGCGCGAACUUAACCGGUUUACUCGUUCAAAUUUAUCCUAAGGAGUUUGCUGGAAUAGUGCACUUGUGCGCAUGACUUCAUUAUCACGUAUUACUGAAGAUAAACUGAAGCAUUUCAGGAGUUAUUUAACAGAUGUUCUAUCAAAACAUAUACUAUUAAUAGAUGUUGACAGAUUUAAAGAUUAAAAAACUUUAACCUAUUUAUUAAAAAAAUUGCCUUCUCAUUGAAAUUAUUUUAAGAUGCUAUUAUUAAUCUAAAAAGAAAUUUGUUGAAUUUGACUGAAAAAAAUUGCGAAUGUUUUAUCUAUGAUAUCUAUCAGAGAACUUGUUUAUAUAUACACUAUAUACGUGAAAUCCUUUUGUAGUGCCCUUAAACUUAUUACAUUCCAUAAUAAACAUUCUCACCACAUAAAAACCCAUGCUUUGCUUGCAUUACCUACUGUAAUAGAACUUGAACGGUUUAUGUUAUAUGGUAACUAUGUGUAAUGUCUGAUAUUAGAAUAAAUUGCUUGUAACGCACGAUCAACCAAAUCUGACCUCACGACGAAAGUGUAAGAGUCCGAACUAUAUCGAAUAUCCACCAUUGUUUUCAAGGCAUACCGCGAGAACAAAUUUUCUUGAUCAUGCGUCACACUAAAUAAGUUAUUGUAAAUAAGUGUGUUUGUGUAUAAAUGUUCAUAUUUUUGACAGUAAAUGUUUAUAAAUGUUAGAUAAUAAAAUCUAGGCUAGAUAGGUUUUCUUUAACUGCUUUUAUGUAGUUUAUAAGUAAUUAUAGAUUGGGCACUGAAAUGCUUCACAUUUACGAUACUUAAUUGAUACGUCGAGGGUUCAAACUUCUAAACACGUCAUGUGCACAAUUUUUUAAACAUAAUACUUCACAUAGUCAUUCGCAUUUGAACUCUAGAUGUAUGAACAUAGUUAUCACAAACCAAAAAUAGCCCGAAUUUAAUAAGUGUCUCCAUAUAAUAUGUAAUAGAUGUUCAAACAUUUAUGUUAACAAAAAUAGUCCACUAAAAAGAUAAAUGUACACCCCACCAAAAAACAAUGGUACCAAAGUAAUCAUCAGUAUCUGUUAUAGAAAUCAACAAAAUAAUGUGUGUUCGAUCAAAUGUCCACCUGAAGAACUAGUCCAAUAUAAAAUCUAUAUAUACAAAAAAUGAAUGUAAACUCACUACAAAAGAAGUAACCAAUAUUCUGUGUACAGGGCAUAUAGAAAAGAAAAAUAAUAGCAAUUUUGCAAAAAAAGCACUGCCACGACACUACUCAACAUGUCUUAGUAGACUAUUUAUUUAUUCUUCGCUUGACUUCACCCUUUCGACUCAUUUCGUUUGUUUAGCGUUACCACUUCUAUUGUAGCAUUGUAUAAUUAUGAGUUCUUUCCAAUAAAGCGUUCAGUGCUCCAAGAA